AGUUUUCUUUUGUAAUACAAGCCUUUAAAAAUCACUGAGCCACAUUCAGAGAGUAAAACUCCUCGACUCAGGCACAAUGAUUUGGAUCGCAGCUCUGUUCGGCUGUCUGCUGCUGGCCACAGCUGAGGCCAGAGUCGGUGAGUCACCUUUGUGCCACUCGACCGGAGAAUGCCUGCUCUACGAUGUCCUCUGUGGGAAUGACAAGUAUGAGGUCCGUCACUAUGAGACAGUGAAACUGGUUUCCACGGACGAGGCAUCCUACACCAUCGAUAUCACAUCAUUCGACGGCUUCAAGCGACUUUUCAAAUACAUAACCGGGACCAAUGAGGAAGGGAGAGACAUUGACAUGACGUCUCCUGUCAUUGUGAAGACUAAUCGAAAGAGUUGUUGGUCCAAUUCAGAAGACACCAUCAGCUUUGUUUUGCCUUCAGCAGCUCAGACAAACCCCCCGAAGCCCACUGAUAGUAGGGUUUACAUCCACAACAUGACAGACGUCACGGUGUAUGCAAUGAAAUACGGCGGGUGGAUGAAUUUCUGGUCCGAGAAAUACAAGGCAGACAAAUUUGCCAAGAUGCUGGAUGACCUUGGUGCCACAUAUGACAUGGAGUACCGCUUCGCUGCAGUGUACAACAGCCCGAUGGAGAUAAGAAACCGGAGGAACGAGGUCUGGUUCAUCGCAAAGGGACAAUACGCCUGCCCUCCGCAAGAAUAAGAACAAAGGAGGAUUCACCUACUUUUUUACGCCCUCUACUGGCACCUGACGGCUUCUUGCUCUGUCUAGUAUAAAAUGUGACAAUGACCUGUUCAAUGAUUUUGUUUUACA